GCAAAGCAGACUGUGCUCUCGCCGGACACAGCAAGACGUCCCUGGGGAGCCGGAGACGAACGAUGGGUUUUUGCUGGAGCGGCGAAUGCGGCAACAGGCCUUGCUGGGCAGACCAUUAUAUGCCCUGCCAUGCUGGUUGGGUGGGCCCCACUGUGCUGCUCUGCAUCUAUGGUUUCUGCUCCAUGAUGAGACCCAUAGAGCCCUUCAUGACAGAGUUUCUCACAGGAACUUACAAGAAUCUCACCACUGAGCAGGUGACUAGACAGGUGUAUCCUGUGUGGACUUACUCCAGCCUGGUUCUCCUCGUCCCAGUCCUCCUGGUGACAGACUUCCUCAGGUACAAGCCUGUAAUCAUCCUCCAGGGGCUCACCUAUGUCACAGCGUUUCUGCUGCUACUAGUUGGCUCGGGGGUCCACUCGGCUCAGUUGGCCUUCUUCUGCUACAGCAUUGCCAUGGCAGCAGAUGUGGCCUAUUUCUCCUACAUUUACAGCGUGGUGCUGCCCAGCUAUUAUCAAAGAGUGACCAGCUAUGUCAGAGGGGCCAUACUGCUGGGCUACGCUGUGGGUGCCCUGUUGGCACAACUGCUAGUGUCUUUGGGUGGGAUAUCCUUGUAUUGCUUAGCUUUUCUGACUCUCAUCUCUGUCUCUGUAUCACUGAUAACCUCCUUUUUCCUGCCCAUGCCUAAGACUAGUUUAUUUCUUAAGGGAACAUAUUCUGCACAACAGGGAAACUCAGGUGAAGACACUCAUAACUCUGAAAGCCAGGACAUCUCCAUCUGGGUAAAGGGCGUGAUGGGUGCCAAGGAGGUCGGGGGGAUGUUCAGAAGGCUCCUAUUGGACUGUAAGAAAUGUUAUUCCUCUGCAGCUGUGCUCUCCUUCUGCAUAUGGGCAGCUACAGGGCGAUGCGGCUUUUACCAGGUUACAGGCUACGUCCAGCUCCUCUGGGUAUAUAUGCAGCCCCAUAACUUCACAGCCUACAAUGGGGGGGUGGACGCCAUCAGCACAUUGUCAGGAGCUGCAGCCACUGUUGCUGUCGGACACAUGUCUCUGGAGUGGUCUGUGUGGGGGGAACUGGUCCUGGGGGUUUUCACAUUCCUGAUUGCUGGGUCUGUAUUCCUAAUGGAUCUGACUGACAAUAUCUGGAUCAGCUACACAUGCUACUUCCUCUUCAAAACAGUUUACAUGCAGCUCACCACCAUCUGCACUUUUCAGAUAGCCAAGAUGCUGAACAGGAGCCGCUAUGCGUUGGUAUUCGGCAUGAACAGUUUUGUGGGCACAAUCCUCCAGAGUGUCCUCACCGCCAUCGUCAUCAACACCAAGUCUCUACAGCUCACCAUCACCUCGCAGUUUCUUAUCUACGCCUCGUACUUUGCUGCCAUUUCCCUGCCGUUCACAGUCAAAGGUGUGUAUAUUUUGCUCUACAUGAAACGUCCCACUGGAGGCAACCAGACAGAGAGAGCCACUAACCUGCCAGAGGGCUCACGUCUGUGAAGACUCUCGGAGACACAGAAGAGCAUGAGGAUUUUUAACAUAACUGUCAUCAAUUAUUACAUCAGCAGCAGCAAUCAGCAGCAGCAGAAAAUAUGUUUGGAGACACUGUACAUACAUUUACAUCAAGAUAUUCAAUCCAUCAAAGGGUGACUGUGGUUGAGUUAUUUAUCAGUCUGUCAUCAUCAGGAUUCAACUAAUCGAUUCUACAGACGUGAUGUGACUCAAAUAGUGAAAGUGCAAUCCCUAUAUGUGGCCACUAGAGGAUCCUACCUGCACAAUAUAUAAGAGGAAUAACACUACAUGGCAGCUCUGUGGUGGAUUGAUCUGAACACAGACAUUGUUAGACUAUAAUUCUGUAUGUGUGUUUUUGAAGUAAAUAUAACUAAUAUAUCAGAAUAAGUCAACAUAAUCAAUGACCAUUUAUCAUGGACAAAAAGGCUCACAAACUGUAUUUUUGGUUAUUUUUUCAAGCACUUGUCAUAAGGUAACAUGGUUGUGAAGUUCAAAGUCACUUCUGAGCAAUAUUUGGUAACAUAAACGCUUAUAAGGCAAAUUAAAAUCAAGACAACAAAAAUAUUGUGGUUGCAGUAACUCACUGGCAUAAUUACACAAUAAAAAUCAGAAUCAGAGAUACUUUAUUGAUUUAUUGGGAAACUCUUUCGUUACAGCUGUCACAUCGAUGCACACUUGAGAAUAGAAGGAAUCGAAGUACUAAGUAAAAGAAUACUGAAGACAAGACUAUUUGUUAGAUAGACACUUCUGAGGAUAUUUAUAAUUCAAAAAUAAAUAAUUUUUGAAAAUCUAAUAUUUAUAUUGUACAUUUUUUCUUUUUCAUUUUCUCUACAUGCAUAUUAAUUGUGCUAACUCAUGUGUAAACAUGCCUGAUCCACAAAGGGUCUCAUGUUUGCUGCUUGUGUUUGUUGGUUGAUUGAUGAAAAAAUCUACACACAAUCACCACUGAAGGCAUAAUCAUUAUUAAACUGGUACUUAUCAGGCUGCCAUGAUAACUUAUGUAAGCGAUGUUACAAAUGCUGCACAGCCUCAAACAGCCUUCUCUCAUUAUAUUCAGUAGCAUGUUUUUUCUAGAAACCACUUUCUCUACUGCUAAUUAAAGAGACACUUCCUGGUUUUGUUAUAGCGUCCAAAAUCCCCCUAAAUCCCUCUCAGCUCGCUGUUGAUGUUUUGAUACUCAAUCAACAAUUGGUAGUAAAUUUGGUGAGUUAGGGGCACUAACAUAGUGAGGAAGCAUAACUUUAAGCAACAUGUUGUUGCUAGGUAACAGACCCGUUUGUUUUUUAGGCUUACAGCCAUGUUCAAAAAAGUCUGAUUCUGUCUGCUGUAGCUACUGAUGUUUGUGUGUGUGUGACCACUUUUUAAAAAUAUGUUUAGCGGCAUGCUUGCACAAAUGUAUAUUUACAGGAAAUAAAAGAAGUAGGACUAAUGUGCUGUAAUCAUCUUCCUUCUUGGAAAAGCGACCUGGUUAAAAUCAGUUCAGUGCGUUGAUUAUCAGCGGGUGGUGUGUAAACCUGAUGCUCUAAUUCUGCAUGUUUAUGAUAUUAGCAUAUUAGCAAUUAAUGUCCUCAUUUAUAAACACCAUACAGCACUAGGGCAGACAGAAAAAAAUGGAAACGACCCUCCAUUAGUGGUCAGAUGAUGCAUGUGUAGUCACGUCUGACCUAUAAUUCAUAAUUAUAACAGUAAGAUAAUUAAGGUUCCAAGAUGGAUAACAGAGGCAGCUAUUAGCUGGGAUGAGCUGGCAUAUUGUAUGUGCCACACAUGCUAAUUGAUCAUAUCUUGAUGAUGACAUGUCUGGUGCUUUUGUCUGGUGUUGUCAUUAAGACUCUUAUUAUAUGUAUAGGGAAGAGGCUGCUUCUUUGCCACUCAAAACUAGGGCUGGAAAAUUAAAAAUAUCUAAUUGCAAUUUCCCCAACAUUAUCAGCUUUACUUAAGUGUUAAGUAAGCAAUUUCAGCCUGAUUUUUUUAUAUAGUGAGUGAAUAUAUCAGUCAUCUGGAACAAAUACAGUGUUGUUUUUUCCUGCUUGUGUUAUUGCAGGUCAUCUGCUCAUCAAAUGAAAGGGAAAACAAGUGUGUAUCUGGUGAAGGAAGGGUCAAUUUGUUCUAAAGCAGAUGACAUUGUGUUCAACUUGAUGCAUUUAUGUGUGCGCUUGUGUGUGUCCACAGCUAAAUUUUGAUAUCACUAAUAAUAAGUACAGUAUCUAAGUAUUUGUUUUGCUUGUUGAUGUGUAUUCUUUUCUUAGUAGUAGUAGUAGUCAUAGCACCUGUUUAACUCACCCCUAUGCCUCCCUGAGCACUAUGGUUUUUUGUCACUGGGCUGCAGUAGGGGAGUUGGUGGUGGUGUCUUGCUGUGACGCUGUGGGUUUUAUUUUUAGCCAUGCCAGUUGCAUGGCUCUAGGUAUGGCAAUGUCAGUCUGUUGCUUGGUCCACAACUUUGGUCCAGACUGAAAUAUCUGAACAACCACUGGAUGUAUUGCCAUGAAAUUUUGUACAGACAUUCAUGUAUCCCUCAGGAUGAAUUGUAAUCACUUUAGUGAUCCCUUAAUGUUUCAUUUAGCGUCACCAUCAGGUCAAAAUUUCUAUUUUUCAAAAAUGUUGAUUUGUAUUCAGUACUCAGCUGUACUUUGUGUUUAGUGCUAAUUAGCAAAUGUUAGUUCAUUAACAUGCUAAACUAAGAUGGUAGAAAUGGUAAAUAUACCUACUUAACAUCAGUGUAUUAACAUUGUCACUGUGAGCAUGUUAGCAUGGCUGUAGACUGUUUGUCUUGUUUGAUUUUACUUCAGCUAAAAGGGUUUUCUUUUUUCCAUUUCCUCUACAAUUUAUUGUUAUUAAAACUACUAUUUUGACACGCA